ACUCUCUUCAGUUAAUGGAUGUUUGAUACACGCGAGAUGGACGGACAGUUUUCCCGAAAAUCAGUGCCAUGCUUCUACGAGUUGGAGACUCCGGUGGUGGUGCGGACUAUGAAGUUUGUGGAGAAGCACUGCGGGAUCUCGCUGUGGCCGUGCUCCAAGAAGGACGUCAUUGGCAGUGACAAGGGCCCGCUACUCAUCAUGAUUUGUCCUGUCACAUACAGCUCCAACAGAGACGCCACAGCUCUCCUCGACUCGGUGCGAGAUGGUCCAGACGUAUUUCUGGUUUUGAUUAAGACGGUGUCUGAUAGAGGGAAGGAUUCAGACGACUUGUCUCGGUUUUUAGACACAUUAGAAGUGCAGACGAGAAACAGAGUUGGCGGUUCGUGCGUUCUUUUCUUUUCAAAUACAGACGCCUUCAAAAUGUUCAAGCUAGAUAACCAGAACGCUAUGCACGAAAUUAAGAAGGUUGUCAAACAAAUCUCUCAAGGCAAGAAGUGGUCGUCUGCUUUACCGACAGCUAGUCAGGUUGAGCCUCAGUUUCGUACUUUGACCGUGCAGACAAACUCGCUGCAUCAAUCCCCACCUUCUCCAAAUGUCACUAGAAAUCAGGGAACUAUACAAAUAGUAAACACCCCACAUGCACCGACCCAAAACCUUACUUCACAGCAAACGACAUCUUCGUCAUUACAAGUUGUUCCAGUACAACAGCCAACUGUUACGUCAUCAAAAUUUGAGGACGCGUGGAAAGUUGCUAGACCCGCAACAACUGUUUCUGCUCCCCAGACGUCAACAGGAUUCGAUCAGGCGUGGACCAUUCCUCGACCAGUAGCCGCAGUUUCGAAUUCUCCGAUACCAAAUCUUCCUCCACCACCAGGUUCACACAUACAGCCGGCUGACAACAUAAAACCAUCUGUAAAUGUCACGCCAGUUCCAAAUGUCAGUUUUAGCAGCUCAAAAAACUUGGAUGUAUUCUACUACUUCCCUAAAGGAAGCAACAUCGAGACUCAGACGGUGCAGUACGUGGAGAGCAGGGCGAACGUGACGAUGAAGGCGUGUAAACCACAGAACCUGAUGGUCGUCAGUCCACUGCUGUUGUUCGCCCCCUGCCACAAACAGAACGAGGACGACGCCAAGGCCGCACUCAAACAAGCAAGGGAUGGCGAUGACGUCUUCCUCGUCUUGAUCGAGCCCAUCUACCAGGACAACUCCAAGGCGAAGCCGGUCCAUGUGAGCGACCACGUGAAGGACAGACUCGGAGCCCUGGCGUCCCUGACGUAUUCCGUGGACUGCCACUGCUUCACCGAGAGCAGCGACAACUUGGCAACUCUGGGCGAGAUUCGAACCUUCUUCAACGCAAACGACCUUCUCGACGGCCAGUGCGCGAUGGAGGCGGACACACAUGCUACUUUCCUAACGCUCGAAGUUCGAGAUCCGUCUGACUCUUACGAGAGCUACGUGUAGUGAGUGUAUUGUGGACUAGGCGGAAUUGAAGGCACGACAUUGGCAAUGAGGGCAGAAGCCUAGAACUAUCGAGAUGUAAGACAUGUUGUAUCGUAUGGAUAGUAGACAAUAGCUAAACAAAACAGAAGAAGCCUGGACAAACAGGCAAUUGCAGCAUGUUGCAUGCGUUUUUUGUGUGGGCUUUCGUUGGAGUAAGAGAUGACACUUUAUUGAAAUGAUGGAAACAAGAUAUAAAUGUUUAAAGAUUUCCACAUAAACACUAUUUGGCCGAAUUUACAAAGCCUUCGUUCGUGUAAGAGAUAAUAUUUUAUUGGAAAAAAAGAAAGAACACAUUCCCUUUAUG